ACAAUUACAGCCUUAGCCAUGGAGGAGGAGCCCUACAUACCAGAUGUACCCAUAACAAUGAAGGAAAGUACAUCCCUGUUCCCCAACAAUCUCUCAGCGUGGGGUCACAGUGGUACCAUGCACUAUGUUGUAACUUCUAGAGGCCUCGUCAACAUUAUCGUGGCUAAAUCUGGUGGGACGAUGCAGAAACAGAUGCAGGGAAAGGAAUGCUCCCACGCCAAACCUAUUAUACAGGCAAAGUUUGUGGCUCUGUCUGGUAACCUGUACCUCAUACUCUGCACAUUCCACGGUAUACAAAUACACAACGCUACUGAUCAGAGGCUGCUUCUGUUCCACCCUCUUCCCGCUGACCCUUCAAAACCAGGUGAAGAAGUGUUUGCCCAAGGUGCCAGCUCUAUCGGUAACGACAUGGUCGCAGUCGGGGCUUCUUCUGGCAGGAUACUUAUCUUCAAAAAAGACUCCGGGACUUUCUCCUGGGCAGAUACACUCCAAGGGCACAGCAACCCUAUUUGUGACAUACAGUACAACGGUAAACGUCUCUUCACAAGUGACGAUAACGGCUGUGUUCUUGUCUGGUCUCAAAACGGCGACUCUUGGGACUUACUAAAGACAUUCGAGGGGGCAGGAUCACCCUGUUCUACAAUGUGUGUCUACAAGGACUAUAUUGUCGGGGGUUACGGGUCAGGUCACAUAAGAAUAUUUAACCACCAAGAAGGGUCACUGGUAGCGGAGAUAACCGCACACGCACGCUGGAUCAAUGCCCUGGACGUUAAUCCUAGUGGAUUGAUGGCAUCGGUUUCAGAAGACACUGUUGUAAAUCUUUGGGACUUGAAUGAGAUAUGUCUACAGCACACUUUCUCCAUUCCCAACGUCCAGCUGUGCGGUGUCCAAUUCCUGCAGGGCUCGAAUGACUUUGCUGUGACUGGUUACGACAUGAAGGACAUUCUUAUCUUUAAGGAAAAUGCCAAUUUCAAAAAACUUUGAACUCUUGGAUAAUUGUCACCCGCCUUUUGAUAAUAAUAAUUGAUAUGGGGUAUAUCGUGAUUGUAAAUAAAUAAUAUAAGUUUUUGCUGCUCAUAUUGCUUUUAAGCUUUUAGAGAUAAAGUGCGCAUUCGGGAAAUGCAACUGAAAACUAUUCAUUUUUUGUUGGUUAACAGUCGUAUUAAUGACUUUGUCUGCUCAUUGAUAUAUUUAUUUAAUUCGUUGCUGUGUUCGAACAUUGUUAUUUCUGCUUUACUCAGAUUCCAAAA